UUAUGGCCACUUUAUUGACUUUGACUUGUCGUCCUGGAUGUACGAGACCUUCAGCAAAUAUCGAUCAGAACUCAGAAGGGAAAAACCAGAUGCCUCCGUUUGGGAAGGCUGAAUUUGAUGUCCACAUAAAUUCUGCUGCUGAGAAGUUCCAUGAAAAUUUCAUCAACGGAAGUCACCACAUAGCCAAUGUUUCUCCUGAUAAAGUCAAGACUGUUGUUCUGCAUCAGGGUGAUUGGGGAAAGGAGGGCUCCAUCAUUAUUUGGAAUUUUGUUCUUGAUGGGAAGGCCUGCGUGGCAAAGGAGCUGGUUGAGGCCAUAGACACAGAAAGGAACUUGAUCACAUUCAGAUUUUUAGAGGGUGAUGUGCUUGAUCACUACAAGAGCUUCAAAGCCACAAUUCAAGUCACUCCAAAGGAUAAUAAGGGAAGUGUGGUACAUUGGACCUUGGAAUAUGAAAAACUUCAUCCCCAAGUUCCAGAUCCUCACUCCAUGAUUCAGCUUGCAAUUGACUUGAGCAACGAUAUUGAUGCUCAACUCACUCCAUAACUCUAGUUUCUGAUUGUGGUCGAAUUAUGAUUAAAUCAGUUGUAACUAAAUCAAUAAACUUUUGAUUUUUGUAUAAACAAAAAUCAUAUAGACAAUUGAGAGAUUUGUGAAGAGUCUGAAAGUGUUUCAACUUUCAGUAUUAGUACUGCAGUGUAUCAAAAAUUAAAGAGCACAAAAAUCUGCAUGAUUAAGCUUCUGAUUUUUCCUGCAUAGAUGCUAAUGUAUUCUGUUCCUUCCCUUCCA